AUGUCUGUCGAAGCACCAAAGCCUGUCGAGGAGACGCCUGCUGUGGAGCAUACCAAGACUGUACCUGAACAGCCUGAGGCACCAGCUGCACCAGUCGAGGAAACUGCUGUUGCUCCCCUUGUUGAACCAACCACAGAGACUGCCCCCGCGACUACUGAGGAGCCUGCAGUCCCCGCCAAGGAUGACUUGAAGAAGGAUGAAGUGGCCGUCUCGGCUGUUCCUAUUUCAGAAGGAAUCCUGGGAUACAAGGAGCCAACUCUGUUGAAGAGAUUCUUCUACUCAAAGCACUACUUCUGGUUCUCCGAGGAACCAUUGACGGCCGAAUCCCUUUCUACUUUCCUGCGAUCUGAGAAGGACGACGCGAAGCACUAUUCUGCGGCCUGGGCACGUGAGACCGGAAAGGGCUUGUUGUUCUUCUCCAAGCGUGCUGAGGAUAAGGCGACCCCUGCUGGCAUCAUCAACCUGGCUGAUGCCUCAAACGUCACCAAGGAAGGUUUCAGCAAUUUCUCUUUCAAGGCCGGCACCCACCAACACCGCUUCGAGGCUGUUGGGCCCAGAGAACGUGACAGCUGGGUUGUUGCGAUUGAAAAGGGUAUUGAAGAAGCCAAGGUACUGAAGGAAGAUGUUAGAGAACGUGAAAGCUACAAGAAAAACAUCGACGACUACGCUAAACCUGCCGUUGUUGCUACCACCGUCCCCGCGACCACCCGUUCCAAGUCAAAGGAACCCAAGAAAUCUCUCGAUGCUAGCACUGCCGCCUCUGCGGCUGCGGUACCUGAAACUGCAAGCACCUCUGCCACUAGCGCUGACGAAGUCAAGAAAGAGGAGGUCAAGAAGGAGAACAAGGAUCGUUCUCAAUCUCGCAAGCGUGGCAGCAUCUUCGGCGGUCUGAUUGGCAAGAAGGAAGAACAUGAUGCCAAGAAGGAAGAGAAGGCCGAGCACAAGAAAGAGGUGAAGGAGGAGAAGAAGGCCGAAGCUGACCAGACUACCGAGGAGCCCAGCAAGGCCAUUGAGGCCACUGAGGCUGCUGGCGUCGCUGGUGUUCCCACUGUUGCUAGCCCUACUGACAGCAAGACCGACAAGGAGCCAAUUACUCCAGCUACUGAGAAGAAGAACAAGCGUGGCUCUGUCUUUGGAAGCUUCUACAAGCGUGUCACUAGCCCAACUGCGGAGAAGUCGGAAGAGGAAGCCAGCGCAGCCCUCAACCUGCCACCUGUCUCCGAGACAGCGCCAAAGCUCGAGGAGCCAAUCGAGAACAAGCCCAUCGACACUGCCGCAGUCACCGCACCUGUUGAUACCGUUGAGACUCCUACUGCUGCGGAGCCUAUCGCAGAGGCAACCACCACACCUGCUACAACCGAGCCUACGAGUGCCCCCAAGACCGAGAAGAAGGGCGGCUUCUUGGGCUUCAUCAAGAAGACAGAGGCUAAGUUGGAAGGAAAGAAAGAGCACAAGGAGGAGGCCAAGGAAGCUCCCAAGGAGACGACUUCAGAGGACAAGGGCACCGAAGCCAUUGCCAAAGACCCUGUUGCCGCCGCCAGCACAGAAGCAACCGAACCUGCUGUUGUUGGUGCCCCAACCGAGACCGCUGCUGUUGAGACUCCUGCUGUCAAGGAAGAGCGACCUGCUCGUAACGAGGAGCGCCGCAGCUCCUUCUUCUUCAACAAGAAGCGAACCGAUGCCAGCGAAACCAAGGAUGGUGUUGAGGGGUCCAAGCGGGAGAAAUCCCCUGCCCCCGGCAAAUUCAUUGGCAACCUUGUACGACGUGCUAGCAAGGCGGUGAAAUCGGACGGAUCAAAGGAGAAGACUACCACCGAAUCAGCUGCGACUGCUGAGACCGCGACUUCGGAAACCCCAGCCGUUGUCCCCGAAGCCGAGGAGACCCACACCAAGACCGAAGCCAUCCCAGAAGAACCUGCUAUCACCAACCCCGAGCCUGUGGUCCCCGCUGCUCGAGAGGUCCAAGCCACGGCUUGA